CCCGAGUUGGAAAUGACAGUCUGAGGAGGAGGAAGAGCAGGAACAGGAGAGGUCUACGCUACUGGGUCCAAUAAACGAGCUGAAAGGCUGUCAGAGUGAAACUGUGAAUUAGAAAGAUAAACCUAGAGCUACAAGUAGUUGGAUUAAAACUAACACUUACUCACGAGUUCCCAGUUGGAUUUAGCAGCUAAGGGAAUACGCAGACGGCUCAGAAACAGAGUAAAGGUAUCAUGGCUGCCCUGUUUACUGAGCUACCCUCCUAGACCUCCCGGAUAUAUAAAUAUACAUACCUAAGCAUCCCUGGAAUCCACACCAAUACACACUUUAGACUUUUGGUGUGUGUGAGGGAUGACGACCUCCCAUUUAAACGGCCAUGUUGCUGGGGAGGGAGGAGGAGGAGAUGAAGAGCUGAGGGGAGGACAGCAGCAUCGAGAAAUGGCCGUCGACUGCCCCGGAGAGCUGGGCGGUCGCAUGCUGCCACUGCGACGAUCUGCACAACUGGAGAGGAUACGACAGCACCAGGAGGAUCUUCGACGUCGUAGAGAGGAGGAAGGUCGGCAGCUGGACCUGAAUGCCUCACUCAGACUCAGGAAGCUCUCCCAGAAUCCCCACAUCGGCAUCGACAACCCCACAUUCCUGGAAGACGCAUACAUAUCGCAGCAGGGGCCCGCCAGCCAGCAUAUACGUGCACCGCUGGAGUUGGAGGAGUUGUUGCUGUCACUGAAGCAGGUCCGGGGCUGUCUGUCCGACCAGCAGAGUCAGAAUGACAUAGAGCUGGUACUUGCACUACUAAACAAGUCUGACUUCCAGUCAGCGCUGAAGAUCCAUAAUGCUGUGGCCACCAGCAUGCACCGACCCUCUCCUCCAUACCCACACACACACCAGGCACUUCAGCUGGCCAUGGAGGUCAGGAAUCUCAUCCAGUCAAGUCAGAUCAAAGAGGGACUCGAACUCCACAGCCUGCUGUCAGACACACACAUCCAGUCUUUGCUCCUGGCCCAUGACAGCAUAGCAGAGAGGGAAAUGCAGCCUGAACCACUGCCUGUCCAAGGAGAAACACUGACCCAAUGGGGAGGAGAGACUGUCAAGAUAGUUCGCAUUGAGAAGGCCCGUGACAUACCACUGGGAGCGACUGUUCGUAAUGAAAUGGACAGUGUCGUGAUCAGUCGUAUUGUUCGAGGUGGAGCAGCAGAGAGAAGUGGACUUUUAUCAGAAGGAGAUGAAAUCCUGGAGAUAAAUGGCAUAGAGAUCCGAGGGAAAGAUGUCAACCAAGUCUUUGACAUUCUUGCGGACAUGCAUGGCCUGCUGACCUUUGUGCUGAUUCCGAGCAAUCACAGCAAACCUCCUCCUGUCAAAGAGACUGUGAUCCACGUGAAGGCACAUUUCGACUACGACCCCUCGGAUGACCCUUACGUGCCUUGCAGAGAGCUGGGCUUGUCCUUCCAGAAAGGAGAUAUUCUCCACAUUAUCAGCCAGGCAGACCCCAACUGGUGGCAGGCUUACAGGGACGGAGACGAGGACAACCAGCCCCUAGCUGGACUGGUACCAGGCAAAAGUUUUCAGCAGCAGAGAGAAGCCAUGAAACAGACCAUAGAAGAAGACAAGGAGCCUGAAAAGCCUGGGAAGCUGUGGUGUGCAAAGAAGAACAAGAGGAAGAGAAAGAAGCUGCUGUACAACACUCACAAGAAUGAUGAUCUUGAUAAUGACGAGAUUCUCACCUAUGAGGAGAUGGCUCUGUACCACCAGCCAGCCAAUAGGAAGCGACCAAUUGCACUGAUUGGUCCAUCCAGCUGUGGACAGGGAGAACUGAGGCAGAGACUGCUCAACAACCAACCAGAACGGUUCGCCGGAGCUGUACCUCACACCACGCGGAGCCGUCGAGAAGGUGAGCUGAGCGGUCGGGACUACCACUUUGUGUCUCGUCAGACCUUUGAGGCAGAACUGGCAGCUGGAAAGCUGAUCGAAUCUGGUGAAUUUGAGAAGAACCUGUACGGGACCAGUACAGACUCAGUGAGACAGGUCAUCAACACUGGAAAAAUCUGUGUGCUCUGUCUGCACACACAGGCUCUGAAGGUGCUGAGGAGUUCAGACCUGAAGCCUUACAUCAUCUUCAUAGCUCCACCCUCACAGGAAAGACUACGAGCCCUAUUGGCUAAAGAGAACAAGAACCCCAAGCCCGAGGAGUUGCGGGACAUUAUAGAGAAAGCCCGGGAGAUGGAGCAGAGCUGUGGUCACCUGUUCGAUGCUGUCAUCGUCAACCUAGACCAGGACAAAGCCUACAGUGAGCUGCUACGACUCAUCAACAAACUGGACACUGAACCUCAGUGGGUGCCCUGCUCUUGGCUGCGCUGAAAACACUCUCUCACUCACAUGUACACACACACAAUUACGCAUCAUUCGUAGAGUAGACACAUAGAGUCCAUGGAGCCCAUUUCUACAAACUGGACCCUGAAACACCUGUGUGGUUUUUACACAGGGUUAUAACAUGAUAUUAGGGUUGAUGUUAGGAUUAAACUAAUGAGGAAUUUUGAGAAUAAAGUUGCAAUAUUAUAAGAAUUAAGAUGAAAUGUAAGAACAUUGAGAGAUGAAGUUGUAAUUUUACAUGAAAACAUCAUAGUUGGAUAAAAUCAUAGAAUUAAGCUGUGAUUUCACCAGAAAAGUGCAGUCAUAUUUUAGGUCAUAAAAUUACAAGAAAAAGAUAUUUAUUUUGAAAUAAAAUGUGAAUGCAUUGGGUAGAUGAAUUACAUGAGCAUGUUUUAGUAUUUAUUGACUACUCUCACAGGACCUGUGUUUGGACUGCAAAGUCACUUUGUGUUAUUGUCUCUCAGAAUGAGUGCAGUUAGACAUCAGCAGAACAUUAGCUCUGACUCAAUGGACAGUACACCACUACUUGUUUUCAUGUAAAACCACAACUUAAUUCUUUUAUUCUUAAAAUAUCUUUUUUUGUAAAAUUUGACUUCAUCUUAAAAUAUUAUACAUUUCUACUCAUAAAAUUCUAUUAAUUUUAUGACUCUUUCUUGUAACAUUGUGACAGUUUCCUAUAGCUUAGGAACUAAGUGUGACUUUAAUCCUAACAUCUUAUCUUCAAAAUAACCUUUGCUGGUGAUAAAAUGAUUUAUUCACAGAAUUCAACUAUAUUAGAACUAUAACCAUGACUUUAUGUCUGUAGUGUUUUUAUUAUGAAAUUACAACUGUGAAAAUUUUUUCUUAUUAUUUCAACUUUGUUCUCGUAACAUUACAACAUUUUCUCGUAACAUCUGCCCUAAUACUUGUUGUACAGCAGAGGAUAGAUACUCUGCACACAAUCAGCAUUUUGUAGAAUGUAUUGACCUGGUGGCACUGGUAAUUAUGAAUACAUAAAAUGUAAGCUUUCUGUGUAUUGACCGUCCUGAAAGGGAGGAAACCCUCAACAAACUGAUUUUGGAUGGUGCCUAACUGAUCCAUGAUGUUUUUCUUCAGUAGGGACAUUUUUAUAACAGAGGUUUCUCUGACAUCAUCACAGUUCCUGAAAUACUGAGAUUUCUUUUUCUUUUGGAUGUUUUUUUUUCUUAGAGUAUGGAGAUGUUCGUUCUUAGAGAUGCUGGGCCUUUUAAUGCAGCCUUUGACUUUAUUCUGUGAUCACAUAAAUUAUGAUGCCCAAAUAAUUAGAACUUUUACAGUGAGGAGGAUCAAUGUAAAAAUGUAAUUUUGAAUUCAAGCUCCUUAAUUUUUUGUUAAAUGACUCUGGCUUGGGUUUGGUCCCAGGCCACAAAAUGUGUCCAGAUGCCCCUGCUGAGGAGUUAAUGUGAAAAUCACACACACUCAGACAUUUAGUACAAAUUUAAAUUCACACUGAGCCACUGCAUUUAUUGCUAUGAAGAACACUCACACAUGUCCUAUACGUGCACACCGCAACAGUGCGUUAGCUGCCGACUUUCCCCUGUGCUGGGCAGGGGGGGGGUCUGCUGAUGGCCUGAAACUGCAGCCUUCUGGACGCUGACUGACUGACUGACCUGUUGACUGACUCACUAAAUGACUGGUUGAAAGGCUGGUUUAUAUCUGGCUCUCCUGUUAAAAUGCACACUACUGCAAUAAACACUAAAUUAAAGGACACAGCACUUGAUAUCUCUUUUUACUGGCUGACUGUUUUAUUUUCAACCUGUUUUUUUCUGACUGACCAAUGACAGAUUAAUGCAUCAGCUGACUCUUUCUGUCCUGUCUGAUCACAUUUAAGUAGAUCUCUGAGCCUGAGCCCUGAGGGGUGCACGGGUGAAGGGAAUUUGUAGCUUUUAGCUGUGUUCCUGAUCAGCACACAAUGCUGAAUUUAUUAUAUAUUUAGUAUGAGUGUGUGCGUGUAUGUAUGUGUGUGUGUGUGUGUGUGUGUGUGUGUGUGUGUGUGUGUGUGUCCCUGUCAUUGAAGACAUUGAAGUAUUAUUAUGACCUGAAGUAGACCUGACACCAUAUCACUGUUAUCACUGUGUAGAGCAUUCACACACAUAUAUAUAUGUGUGUGUGUGUGUGUGUGUGUGUGUGUGUGUGUGUGUGUGUGUGUGUGUGUGUGUGUGUAAUGUUGAAAAUAGAAGUCCAGAAUGCACCAAUAGAAUUGCAGGUUUCACCCCCCUUGCCUCCCCACUGUUGAUCCAGGAGGGAGAGGGGGACAGGGGUAAGUGAAAUGAACUGUAUUGAAUGUAUAGUUAAGUGAUACCAGUUCUUGUGUAUCAGAUAUCACAUCUUCCUGGGAAAAUCUGCUUUUUGUAUGAAUAUUCACAAUGAAUAAAUAAUAGAUGAUUGAUAUAAAAUGA